AUGGCUUUCCUGAUGGAUGGGAACCACACUGCAGUGACAGAGUUCAUUUUAUUGGGAUUAACAGAUGACCCAGUACUUAAAGUCAUCCUCUUCAUCAUCAUCCUGUGCAUCUACCUGGUGACUGUGUCUGGGAACCUCAGCACCAUCCUUCUCAUCAGAGUCUCUCCCCAGCUCCAUCACCCCAUGUACUAUUUUCUCAGGCACUUGGCAUCAGUUGACAUAGGCUACUCAUCUUCUGUCACACCCAACAUGCUUGUCAACUUCCUAGUAAAGGAAAAUACUAUCUCCUACCUUGGAUGUGCUAUACAAUUUGACUCCACUGCUAUCUUUGGGAUGGUUGAAUGCUUCCUUCUGGCUGCUAUGGCUUACGAUCGCUUUGUAGCAAUCUGCAACCCACUGCUUUAUUCCAUCAAAAUGUCCACAGAAGUCUGUAUCCAGUUGGUUGUAGCAUCUUAUAUAGUGAGUUUGAUUACUGCUUCCUUUGCCACAGUUUCUAUUUUUUCCUUGCUCUUCUGUGGGCCAAACAGAAUCAAUCACUUUUUCUGUGAUUUUGCUCCUUUGGUUGAACUCUCCUGCUCUGAUGUCAGUGUCCCUGUAGUUGUUACCUCAUUUUCUGCAGGAUUAGUUACCAUGAUCACAGUGUUUGUAAUAGCCAUCUCCUAUACCUACAUUUUCAUCACCAUCCUGAAGAUGCAUUCCACCAAGGGUCGACAAAAGGCAUUUUCCACCUGCACCUCCCACCUCACGGCAGUCACUCUAUUCUAUGGAACCCUUACAUUCAUCUAUGUGAUGCCCAACUCUAGAUACUCCACAGACCAGAACAAGGUGGUAUCUGUGUUCUACCUGGUGGUGGUCCCCAUGUUGAACCCCCUCAUCUACAGCCUCAGAAAUAAUGAGAUUAAGGGUGCUCUGAGGAGACAGCUUGGUAAGAAAAUGUUUUCUCAGAGUAAUGUAUUGUUUUGUAAAAUUUAA